AACUUACAAUAACCAAAAGUUAUUGUGUUGCUAUGAUACUCUUGUAUAAUUAAGUAGCACCACCGCAAAAAAAUUUUGGUUUUCUCUAAACAGAUAAUUAAUGUAUAUGAUUAAAAUUAAUAACACAAACACUAAAUAUUGGUGGAUCAUUUUGUAAUUAAAGUAGUCUACCUACUCAUUGUGCAGAUCCCACAAUUUAUAAAGUUGCCUAUUAAGGAUACUUGUAUCAAUUGUUAUAAAUAUAAAAUUAUUAUUUAGAAUUGUUUAACUUGAAUUUAAACUUUAUAAAUAAUUUUUAAUUAUUGAAGCGAAUAUGAUUUUUUAAGUAUAGACGUUUUAUUCGAUAAUUAAUAACUAUGGAUAGUACUCCAGUAUCCGAUGUUUGUGUAGACGAUAUGGGUAAGGCUAGAGUUAUGGAACCUAUAAUAGCAGAUAAAAUGUCAAAUCUUAAAGAACUAUCUGUCAAUUUUUUAAAAGAUACUGAAAGGUACAGCGAUUGUAUAAAUGAAUAUAUUUCUAUUAUGGAAAAUCUGGCUCAACAGGUGAAUCAGGAAAAACAAGAGGCUAUAAUUUUGUCAAAUCAACUAUCAUCAUUGACAAACAAAACUGAAGACUUGCAGUCAAUAUUACAGACAGAAAUUGAGCAAUAUACGUUUGAUUUGGAAAGGUAUAAAACAGAAUAUAGAUCAUUACAAAAGAUAGAGUCUGAACAACAAGAUUUGAUAAGUCAGUUAUCACUCCAACAUUAAAAGAGUAUGAAAAAAUACACAAUUCUUUUUAACUUUAUUUUUAAUGAUUAAUCAAAAUAUUACUUAACUAUAAAAAAAGCUUCCACAUUAAAAUAAUCAUGGUAAAUGCAUUUUCAUGUUAAUAUAUAUAAGUAUAAUAAUAAUAAACAUUAAGUAUAAAAAAAUAUUUCACUAUUAGUAUAUAUAAUAAUGUAGUUUUCAUAUAACAAACCUUGAGAUUUACAUAAUAAUUAAAAUAAAGAUAAAAAGUUAGCAUGUUUUAUUUAUGUUUGUCCAAUCAAAUAAUAUAUUAUUAAUAUUUAAGUAAACAAAAGUAACAAACAAAAAAAGGAAUGUGUAAUUCAUGUAUUUUUUUAUUUAAUUAAGUAACUAAGUAUUUGUAUAUUCUGGUUAUAAUAAA